AUGCCUCCGUCUACAGAAAUCCAAGCCAAAGUCGAGGCGGAUGAUCAUCCCCUGGAAACGGUGGAGGAUGUCCCAGUCAACAAAAUUACCAGCUUCAACGGCAAGCUGCAGCAAUACCUACAUAACGGGACCACAGUGCAAGAUGCCCCAAGUGCAUCUGGAACGACUAUAUCACAACGCCACAUAAACACCACCUCGGCCGAAUACAAACCAAACCCUACCGACCAUCCAGCAAAACCCAUAAUAUCCAGCCCAAGGCGCAAGAGAACAGUCCAACCAACAACAUCGGAGGCCACAACCACAACCGCAACCACAACCGCGCAACUACGCACCACGCGCUCUCGGUCGAUCAUAACGCCAACGCCUCCAUCCCCAAACAAACGCAAGCGCAGCAGAGCAACACCACAACUCUCACCCAAACCCCCAAUCCCGGAGCCUACAGCCAGAGACUCCCUCCUCCGAGACACAAUCCCGCCAAACCUAAUCCUCCUCCUCGUAGGCGUGAAUCCGGGGCUAAAGACAGGGAUAACGGGGCACGCGUACGCACACCCAUCGAACCUAUUCUGGAAACUCUUGUUUUCAUCGGGAAUAACGAGUAUGCGCCACAUACCAGCCGACACGUACAAACUUCCUGCGUUGUAUAGCGUAGGGAAUACGAACAUCGUUGAGCGGCCGACGCGCGACGCGAGCAUGCUCAGUCGUGCGGAGAUGGAUGCCGGUGUUCCUGUGCUCGAGGCUAAGGUUGCUGCGCAAAGGCCUGAGGUUGUUUGUCUUGUUGGGAAGGGGAUUUGGGAGGCUGUUUGGCGGGUUAGACAUGGGAGGGGGAUUCGGAAGGAGGAGUUUCGCUAUGGGUGGCAGGUGGAGGAGGAGAAUAUGGGUCGUUGUGAGGGUUGGGGUGGGGCGCCGGUUUUCGUCGCUACGACGACUAGUGGGCUGGCGGCUGGGAUGAAGCUUGCGGAGAAGGAGGCUGUUUGGGCGGAGUUGGGGAGUUGGGUUGUUAGGAGGAGGGGGAGAGGGGGUUGGGUUCUGUGGUUGUUAAGGAUGAGAUUUAAUAUGGGGGUUGGAUUCUAUGGCUGUUAA